CUCACUGUGGUCUCUUUCAACCUGAGUCAUUCUGUGAAACGCCACGGGAAGAGGGGAGACGGCGGUGGAAUCACCCACGGUGCGAUCCCGGCACAAACUUCCGCUCUUAGCCCUCAAGGGGUCCCUGAGCUGCGCCCGGGGCCAGACGUUUUCCCCGCCACGUCCCUUUGCGGGUCGCGGCAGAUCCCGGCGAGCGCUUUUCCCGCGCAGCCGGCCCGGCCCGGCCCCUCCCGCUUCCCUGGCAGCGGGGGUGGUGCGCGUGCGCGGGAGCAGCUGGGCCGUCGGCCCGGCGCCGCUUGUGUGACGCGCCCGCGCGGGCUGGUGACGCGCGCGCGGCCCGGGGCGGCCGCCGUGUGGUUGGCCGGCAGGGCAGGGGGGUGCGGCGGCGGCGGCGGCUCGGGCCGCGGGCGGGCGGGCGGACAGCGCGCGGGGCGCCGCCGCCGGGCGGGAGAGCGCGAGCGAGGAGCGGCGGGCGGAGGGAUCGCGGAGGGAUCGCGGGGAAGGGAGAGACGCGUGAGAGGGAGAGACGCGCGAGCGCGCGCGCGCGCGGGUAGGGGCGGGGCGGAGGCCGCGGAGGAGCCCCCCGCGCGCGCACCAGAGGCCGCGCGCGGCGCGUGGCGGGCGGGAGCGGCGCGGGGGGAGAGAGGCCCGGCCGGGCGCGUCCCCGCGGGGACGGUGACAGCGACAGCGCCGCCGGGCCGCGGCGGAGCACAGCGGCCGCGCCGGGAGGAGGAGGACGAGGCCGCCGGCGGCGGCGGGCCGGAUCGCAUCAUGGCCUCGGGUGGCAGCGGCGGCGGCGGCGGCAAGAUCCGGACCCGACGGCACCACCUGGGAGCCGCGAAGCCGCCCUAUGCGAGGGGCAAGCAGCAGCUGGGGCUCCUCAGCAGAGUGACCGAAUCAGUGAAAAACAUUGUACCAGGAUGGCUGCAGAAGUAUUUCAAUAAAAGGGAAGAUAAAUGUGUAGAUAUGAAUGAAUCUGCAAGCGAGGAAGAGAAUCCAGUAAACUAUCACCAUGAUUAUGCAAAUGAAGAUGCCAUGGUAAUUGAUGGGAGAGUCACGCCUGAAUCAGCAAGAAUUAAUUUAGAAGAGCCAUCCACGAGCAGGUCUGCACUGAACUUCUCGGAUGUGUUAACAAGGCCCUCCCUUCACCGGAGCCAUUUGAACUGCACCGUGUUGGAUUCUGCAGUCCCGCACUGUCAGCCCUCCACAUCUUCCACACUUGGCAUUGGCAGUCCUGGGCUGUCCCUCGUAAAGGAAAUAAAAGAUUCUACCUCUCAGCAUGAUGAUGAUAACAUCUCAACAACCAGUGGCUUCUCCUCUAGAGCAUCUGAUAAAGAUAUCACCGUUUCAAAAAAUACUUCGGCACCACUGCUCUGGUCCCCAGAGGCUGAAAGAUCUCAUUCCCUCUCACAGCAUCCUGCAUCUAGCUCUAAAAAACCUGCAUUCAAUUUGUCUGCUUUUGGAUCACCCUCUCCUUCACUUGGAAACACUUCUGUCUUUAAGACAAGACAGCUUGGGGAUUCUCCAUUUUACCCAGGAAAGACCUCUUAUGGUGGUGCAGCUGCAGCAGCGAGACCGACAAAAGUGCAGAUUUCUGCUUACCAGCCACCGAUAAAAAGACAAAUGAAAGCUAAACAAGCAAACGUGCAAUCCUAUGGUGUGACAAGUUCCACAGCACGGCGCAUCUUGCAGACAUUGGAGAAGAUGUCAAGCCCUUUGGCGGAUGCUAAAAGGAUUCCAUCUUCUGUUUCUAGUCCUCUGUCUUCUCCUGUGGACAGGAGUGUGCUGAAUGUGACUAGCUUCCAAUCCAGACAAAACCAGGACAUGAUGGAAGAGAGUUUUCCUGCAGAAAAGGCUGUAAAAUCAUCUGAAAGCAAUUCGAGCUACCCCAAGCUUGAUACUCCUGCAUCCAACGGUCUGUCUUUAGGAGGAAGGAUGGAUAGUGCCUGUGGCAAGAUGAGAAGGGAAAGGGAGCGAUACUGUGCACCAAGACCUGGACAAAAACAACAACUGGAGAUGGAGCAGGAAGAGCUACCUGAAGUACCCCUGCCCAUCAGUACUGCAUCGCUGCCGACAUUCAGCUUCAGUUUCCCUGCCAGUAGUGCUGUCUCCUCAUCACCCAGCAUUGUUUCAAAAGCAGUGAUGAACAAGGUACAACCAACAAGUAAUGUUGGCAGUCCUACGUUUGUAUUUUCAUCUCCAAUUGUGAAAUCUACCGAGGUGGAAGUGCUACCUCCCUUGUCUCAAAUUAAGUUUACAUUUAGUGUUCCUGUCGUAAAGUCAUCAGAGCUUUCUGGAUCCACUGAUACACCAGUGACAUCCAUCCUUAGUCCAGGUAGUGCCACUGUAAACAGCACCAGCAAUAAGAAGGAAGAAGAAGAAGAAUAUGAUGGGUUCUGCAAACCUGCUAAGUUCUUAAAGCAAGGAAGUGUGUUAGACAUUCUAAAAAGCCCUGGCUUUAUGUCUGGGAAAGCACCCUCCUGUUCAUCUGCACAGCCUGUUACGAGCACAGUAGUCUAUACAAGGCCUGCAAUAAGUAGUUUUUCUGCAGGUAAAGACGCCUCUAAACAAGCGUCCUCGUUUUGGCAGUCUGACACACAUGACCCGUGUCUGCAGAACAAAACCACAGAUGGCAAAUGUGUAACAUGUGAAGCUGCUAAAGUGUCCACUGUUGAGAGUACGAAGCAGACGAUCAGUGUGAGUCCGUGUGUCUCCUCCAAGACAACAGUGCCCACAGCGGCGACACUGGGCUUCGAAGACAAAUUUAAACCGGCACCCAACACGUGGGAUUGUGAUACCUGUCUGGUCCACAACAAACCUGAAGCUACGAAAUGCAUAGCAUGUGACACACCAAAGCCUGGAACAGGAGUGAUGCCUGCUCUGACAAUGCCAGUUGUCACGGACAGCUCGGUGACAGUGACAUCCACCUCCGGCAGCACUGGCACAACAGUCACUCUGGGGUUUGGAGACAAAUUUAAACAGCCGAAAGGCUCUUGGAACUGUUCAGCGUGCCUUCUACAAAACAAGGCAGAAGACAGCAAAUGUGUAGCUUGUCAGUCUGAGAAACCAGGGAGUUCAGUGCCUGUGACCAGUAGCAGUGUUUCUGCAUUUUCUGCUUCUUCUGGAGGUUUUCUGGAUUUAGACAAAUUCAAGAUGCCUGAAGGAAGUUGGGAAUGUGAGAGCUGCUUGGUCCAAAACAAAGCAGAAGCCACAAAAUGCAUAGCCUGUCAAAGUGCGAAGCCAGGCACCACAGCAGAGCUCAAAGGUUUUGGUACAGCUACUGUGUCUACAAAUGCUGCAAUGCCAUCAUUUACAUUUGGUGUCCCGUUAUCGUCCUCUGAAUCUUCUCAAACGUUAAGUAGCACAGGAAAUUUUAAAUUUGGAGAACAAAGUAGCUUUAAGUUCGGCAUUGCAUCCGAAUCUGCAUCGUCCACCACUGUGACUGGAGGAUUUAAGUUUCCUACUGCUUCAGGGAACUUCAAAUUUGGAGUUUCUUCCUCAGACUCUAAAUCAGAAGACAGCAAAAAAGAAAGUAAAAGUAACAGUUUUACCUUUGGACUUCCAUCGACAAGCAGUCCUGCUCCUUCAACAUUUCAGUUUGGAACAACAAGUCUGGGGCAGCAGGAAAAAAAAGAGGAACCAGUUUUGGGAGGUUUUGGUUUUGCUACAAGUUCUACUUCUUCCAUAGCUACUAAUGAGAAUAAAACUGGAGUCGGUGGCUUCACUUUUGGAACUGUGGCAGAAAAGGAUGCAGCAUCACCUGCUUUGCCAUUUAAGAAAUCAGAUGAGAAAAAAGAUGAAACUGUUUCAACGAAGGGAGGCUUUUCUUUCGGCAGUGUGGAGUCUGCACCUGCCUCACAGUUUGUUUUGGGAAGGGCAGAAGAGAAGCAGGACUCUGUCACUUCUGCUGGUCCGUUAGCAUUUGGAAAGAAAGCUGACAAUGAAGAGUUAAAGACACAGCCUAUCUUUUCAUCUGGGACAGCUGAACAUACCAAAGAGGAGAGCACGGCAAAACCUGUAUUCAAUUUUAGUUUUGGUAAACCACCAGAAAAGGAAAAUGAGCAGGCAAAAGCACCUUUUGCCUUUGGGGCACCAACCAGUACUUGCGAUCAAGGAGCAUCCUUCAGCUUCUUGAGCUCCAGUUCCUCCAGCACAGUGGUACCCACCACUUCAGCCAACAGCAGCAGCGUGUUUGGCAGCACCCUCUCUUCCUCAAACCCUCAGCCAGUUCCCACUCCCUUUGUGUUUGGACAGCCCAGCAACACUGUGACCAGCUCUGUUUUUGGCAAUCCUGCAGAAUCUGCAGCAUCUCAGUCAUUUGGCUUCUCUCAAGAGAACAAACCAGCAACCACAUCUUCCAGCACUGGCUCGACUCUUACUCCAUUUCUCUUUCGUUCAGGAGAGAGUAGUACCAAUGCACCAAAUUCAGGAUUUACUUUUGGAGCCACAACUACAUCAAAUUCAACAGGGUCAUCGUCUUCGUUUCUGUUUGGCUCUGGGCCUCCAGCGCCUGCUGCUGGCCCAGCCUUUGGUGCCAGUCAGUUACCAGCGUUUGGCCCCAGCCCAGGCUCCGGCCAGCAAAGCGCUCCAAGUUUUGGAUCACUGUCGACAACGUUGUUUUCUGCUGGCUCUCAGCCUGCUCCUUCUGCCUUCGGCUCGGUGACAAGCAGCACUCAGUCCUCUGUGUUCGGACAGCAGGCAGCCCCUCAGCCAGCCUUUGGCUCUGGUACCCCCAGUGCUGGUUCUGUAUUCCAGUUUGGAAGUAAUAGUACUAAUUUCAGCUUUCCAAAUAACCCAGGAGUAUUCACUUUUGGUGCAAAUCCUCCUGCAUCAGCAGCUCCUGCACCACCUUCUGGCACUUCAGGAUUUUCGUUCAACCAGCCUCCAACAUUUACACUGGGGACUAAUGGGAAAAAUGUUUUCUCUGCCUCUGGAUCUUCAGUUGCUGGUCGGAAGAUAAAGACUGCAAUUAGACGUAGAAAGUAAACGCCUGAUCGGUAAAACAUCAAAAACAUUGGAAGCAGCUACUAUCCUGAAUUGUUCAGCUUCUACCCUGACUGAAUUGUUCAGCUACUAUCCUGAAAUGUUCAGCUACUACCCUGAAUUGUUCAGUUACUGGGAUUGUACCUCACGCUGGCUUGUCGGAAGUCAGAUCUGCCUAAAGGAAUAUAAAACUUAGCUUUCCUGUCCUUCCCUCCCCUCUCCCCGUUACGUUUUUUUGGUAGCAAGUAAAGUUGGCAACAAGGCUGUUCUCAAGCAAAAGUCUCAAGUUACUUCUUUCACUGACUCGGCAUGGUCUGGCUGUAGCCCUGAGUAGAGCCUGCACAGUGAAUGGCUUGUCGAUACCUCUUCAUCCGCACCACUACGUGCGCUCAUCCGCGUUUACUGACGCCUCGAAAUUGUAAUUAUAUCAGCGAGGGAUGCUGUAUAGAGUAGAGAAUGUUGAUAACGAAUGAUUUCUAUGCUGAGUUUGUGCUGGUGUAUGUGUGAAGUGAGUGAGUUUGGGUGUAUUGUGCACUAAAAUUUUCUGAUAGGGGAAGACUGAUUACAGGAUGAUCCAUGCUAAGGACUUGUUAGAUCUGUAGUUCUUCAUUUAUUAAUUAUAUGCUAUUUCUAUAUUUUCAUUCUUACAGCCCUUUAUCACCUGUCUCGCCUUGUUAUUUUAUUAUGAGAUGUGUAAAUACGAUUUUGUUUCUCUAUGUACUUUUUUGGCAUAACAAAUCUGUGAAAUUGAAAUUUUAAUUUUGUGUGUUACAGCCAUUUUUGUUUAGUAUUGUCUCAGAUUUUAUGUAAAUCCCAUUAUUCAAAGUUGCCUAAAUCCAUUUAGAAAAUCUUUAAAAUUGGGAAUUCUUAAAGUAAGUUUAUUGGCUUUUCUGAUCCAUUUUUGUUUGGACCAAAAACCAGUAUUGUACAAAGUAUUAAGUAUAUAUUUUUAUAUUUACUGAAAUGGACUGUGGUGACUUUGGAUAAUAAGGAAAAGUUUAAUAUUAAAGCCAUGUUUAUUACAGUAUAAUUAACAUGUUAAACCAUGGGAUAAAUGCCAUCAAUAAAAACUGCGAAAUAUUACCUGGCAAUUUUAACUGUCUCUAAAGGCAUCCCCAGCUGUAACUGUAGGAGGUGGUUCCCUCAAUCUGAGCAAUGUCUCGUGCUUUCUUCAACCUCUGCUUUUUCACAUUGAUUUUAGAGGAUCUUAAAUUUAGAAGUCUCCUGUUAGGAAGGAGAGUUUUAUUGUAGGCUGAAGCUUGGAGCAGCUUAUCGAUGUGUCAGCUGACUGCAGUAAAUUUUUUUGUAGUGCUAUUAAAGAAACCCAACCCAAUGCUUAUAAACAUUCACCACUGUUCUAACUGAAGACUGGAAAUGAGUAAUAGGGGGUGGGCGCUUCUGUAGCAGUUACAGGAACUUCUUGGAGAACAGACGUUAUUCUAGUAAAAUCAGAGGAAAUGCUUGUUCAUCUGGGGACCCAGAGCGGAAUUUGUACCAGAGACAGCAGUCUGUCUCUGACUCAGACAUUAAUUCUUCCCUCAGCUAGAAGGGCAGAGACCUGCAGCACUGUCAAUGGUGUAAAUGUCUUCAGAGGCACUGCUGGGGCCUUGGCUGGCACUUCUGCCCUGCAUCCCAGCACUGUUCCCUGCUCCUGCUGGUGCUGCUGGUACGAGGUGAGGUGCCUCUCAAGCACAAGCUGGAUAUGACAAGAGGACAAAGACCUACUGCUCUUUUCAGGUGUAGGGCCCCAGUCACUGUUUCUAGAAAUAGAAAAUGAUCAGCAACUCGACUUUCAAACCACACAUACACACUCUCACUGCUAUUCAGGCAGUCAGAUCAUGCCACUGUAGCCAUGAAAGGAUUAUAUGCAAUUACCCGUUUCCAGCUGUCUACAUGUGAAAAAUGCCACAGAUUUCCACUUUCUCCCCCUCAGCCCUAAAUCACCUGCCAAGCACUUGUCCUUCAAGCAGAAACAAGCCAUAUCUGGGA